UGUAGUCGAAAGUGCUGGUCGAACGAAUUUUCAUUUGGUAUUAUGGUGCUCAUUCGUAGAAGAAUAGGACUAUUGUGAAUUUCGAUCGCUCGACUCAUUUAUAAUAGAUAAUUUUUUCUCAGCCGAUACAGCAAAUCAAAAUAAAAGAAAAACCGAUUGUGUUGAAAUUCUUUGCUAACAACAUUUUUAAAAGUUAAAAAAAGUAUUUUUUGUGAAAAUGAGUACAACGGGAGGUAAUAGAUGUCCUGGAAAAUUAUAUUUGCCAAAGAUGGAUACAAUUUCGUAGUACAGAGGCUGAUAUGCAGCGAACAAAAGCACAUUUUUAUAGCAAAUACCGGAUUCCAGGAAUAAUUGGCUGUGUUGAUGGCACGCAUAUUAAAAUUGUCGCUCAACAUUUGUAUUACAACAGGAAGGGAUUCUACAACAUUAAUGCUCUGAUUGUUUGUGAUCAUACAAUGAAAAUAACGUAUAUGAAUGCGAAAAAUCCAGUAGCUACUCAUGAUUCUAUGACUUUCAAUAUGUUACCAUUGAAAGCGCAUUUAAAGGAGCAACAUCUCAAUGGCCGUCCCAAUACUUGGUUCCUCGGUGAUGUUGGAUACGCUCUAAAACCAUAUUUAAUGACGCCGUUCAGAAACUUUGAGGAAGGGUCUCCACAAAGGACAUACAACAAACAACAUGCUAAAGCGAGAAGUAUCAUUGAGAGAACAAUUGGAGUCUUGAAAACCUAAUUUAUUGUUGCAGUGUUCAACUUCCGGAUGAAGAGUUAUCCAAUGAGACCCUCAACGAUGAUGCUGGAGAUAUUGAAGUGGAGUCAAAUAACGGAAAAUAUAGGAAAUGAACUUCUUAGAAUAUUAUGGGGAAAACUAAAAAGUAUUAGUGCAUGUUUAUUAUUUGGUUACUAUAAAAUAAUAAAUAAUCGCAAACAGCUUACAUUUUAACAAAUUUUCCCACAAUACGCUACACAAUCGAAAUCAAAAUUGCAUUCGACUCUAAAUUCGGUAUACAACGAAAAUUUCGACAGGCAUGCCCCGCUCAUAAUACUAAAUUGACAUUCGAUUUUCGAUCUUCGACAACCAGCGAAUAUCGAAGAUCGAGUCCAACUCAUAAUAGGGGCCAGUGUUUUUAAAAACUUUUCUUUUUCCGAAUACUCAUUUAUGACUGAAGUUAUUUCUCUUACUUCAUCGUGAUCCUCGCUCUCUGGUUUAGACACCAAAUCUUCCACCUCCGUGAAACAUUCACUCACUCCCCUGCCAAUAUUAACAAAAUCCUAUUCUGAGGAGGAAGAAAGAAUCCGUAAUCUCGCUGGCUUUUAUUUAUAGA